UGACAUUUCAAGACUUUUAAUUAUUUUCAAAUUGUUUUCUUGUCUUGUCUUGUCUUUUGCAUAUUCAAACUUGUCAAAAAUAGCCACCAGGAAAAAGAAAGAAAUCUGAAGUUUCAGCCCCCACGGUCACCGCACCCACAGAUAGGGCAAUAUUCCAGAAAUAUCAGCUUAUUAUUCGCAAUCCUACCCCAUGGUACAUCGACGAAAAAGUCCUUCUCCAGGAAAGGAAGGAGCCUUUUCGAGAAAACCGCUUCAUGAUGAGAAAUCAUCCUUGUUGGGAAUUUCCAAUCCGUUUUCCACUCGUAAUACUCCGAUAUUAAAACCAUGGACCGAAUUAGAGAUAUGGCAACAGGAGGAUAAUCAUUUCAUCGAGACGGGGUAUCGAGCGGCAUCUAACUCUCUUCGAGAAUGUUUUGCAAGUUGGGGAUAUCUCCACAAUGAGACUAUUAAUAUUUGGUCUCAUUUAAUUGGGGCAGCGUUGUUCGUGGCUCUACCGGUCUACCUGUACAAGGCUGAGAUACCACCUAGAUAUGCCGUGGCUACCAAGGAAGAUAUCGUGGUUUGUGGGAUGUACUUCUUAGGGGUGGCGAUAUGCUUUUGCUUGUCGGCGUUGUACCAUACCGUAAUGAACCAUAGCCAACAAAUGGACACAUUUGGAGCUCAGCUGGAUUUCCAGGGAGUUAUUCUUCUGAUGUGGGGAGCAACUAUUCCUCUUGUAUACUAUGGUUUCUAUUGCGAUACCGCAAUCCAUAGAUACUCUUAUUGGGCUCUGUUAUCACUGCUAGCAGUCGCUUGCUCAGUAUCUACCUUUCAACCUCAUUUUCGAGAUCCAUUUCUUCGACCUGUACGAGCCGCCACCUUUGGCAGCUUAGCUGUGGUCACAAUGGUGCCUGUCGUCCAUGGUGCGACUGUAUACGGCUGGCAAGUACAAAAUCAACGGAUGGGAAUCACCUGGGUUUUGAUCACGCUGAUGUUGAAUGUACUUGGUGCAACAGCAUAUGCCAUCAAGUUUCCCGAACGUUGGUUCAGCAAAACGUUUGAUCUUUUUGGAGCUUCUCAUCAACUCUUCCACAUGAUGGUGGUACUUGCAGCUCUCGUGUACAGCAAAGCCAUUUUACAAGCAUUCGACUUUGCCCAUGCAUACGACCACACAUGCAACCGAUGAACGUACAUACAUACCGCUUUCUUCGGAUACCGCCAGAACCAAUCUCGCCAUGGGCAUGUUCAUCUCUCUUCACCGUUCAUAGCGCUUUCAAGGAUUGUAUGCCGGGCCAGACUUCCACCCACAAUCUCUUACAUACUUCAAGAAGUCUCGUGAUUUUGACGGCCCAUGGCAAUCUAACGGUACAUCCGGAAAUGGAAAUAAACAUCAUAGCGUACGUCGCAAACGAGCCUGAAGAUUAUUGGAAGGGCGAAAUAAAAGGUAUUGGCACCUUUCAAUCUUUGGUUUCGAUUCGAAGACGAAGAAAGCGAGACACGUGUACAAAAAAGGCUCACCUACUUUCAUAUCAACACCCACGCUUGUGGAGAAUGACAAGUAUUGUAUAUAAUAUAGAGUGCAUAAUUACUAUCCAUAAUACAUUGCUAGCAAAUCUAUCGUAGACCGCA